AUGUCUUUCUUGCUUCACACUGGUAGUAUUGAACUCCCUAGUUACGACUUUGCAAGGCAAAGACUCCCCGACUCCAUGAUGGGCGGCGAACUCACUCCAAGCCUUCUUCAACAAGACGAGACUACCGCACCCCUGCCGCUACCGAUUAACUAUGGCGAUCCCUCUGUACUCAUCAAUGCUCCUGGGUGGUCAAUGCUCGCGCUUUCGACAACUUUCCUUUGCCUUCGAGUCUAUUGCAAAGCCUUCCGAGUGCGGUGGAUGGUGUGGCUAGAUGACUGGCUCUUGAUCGGUGGGUGGGCCUUUCUCGUUGCUUCACAAGCUCUCUUGAGCGAGCUGAUGCGACUUGGGUUCGCAAGGACAUACAAUGUUACGCCAACGAUCAGCACCGUCAUCUACGCAUGGGACAACUGUCACAAGCUUUCCCUCGCGCUGACGAAGACCUCCUUCGCCGUAACAUUACAUCGGAUUGCCUCCUCCUGGCAAAGAUACAUCAUUUGGUUUCUGGUCGGGACCAUGAACGUUCAAUUCAUCGUCCUUACCUGGAGGGCAAUAUGCCGACCGACCCGACCUGGAGAUACGACACCUCAUCUGCCGGUAUCAUGCUGGCGCUCUGAAGACGCAAUCGCUCUUGGGAUCUUCGGUGGCUUCUAUUCUGCCGCUUCCGACUUCAUCCUCGCCCUACUGCCGUGGAAGAUUGUGAUGGGACUACAGAUGAAAAAGCAUGAGAAGAUUGGAGUGGCUAUCGCCAUGAGUAUGGGAGUACUCGCCGGAGUCAUGGGUGUCAUGAAAGCCGUUCAGAGCAUCAUCAUGCUAGAUACAUCAGCACCAGACUUGUUUUGGAAAAUUUGCAUCAUGCAUGUUUGGGCCAUGGCCGAACCGAAUGUCACCAUUAUUGCCGCGUGCAUCCCUGUCCUUCGAGUGCUAUUUCGACACAUCCGUAGUACCCGCGAAGCGGAAUAUCCUUCUUCAGGGGCCUACAUCAGAUCAGACACCCUGAGCAAGUUUCGAAACCAAGACAUACAAGGUGGCAGAUCAAGAACCGCCCGUAAUCAAGACGAAAGAGACGACGGAGACAGCGAUCGCAGCAUGCUACCCCAGGGCAUCAUCAGGACCACCGAGGUAACGGUAGAUUAUGACAAACGCAGUGGUAACUCAGGCAGCAGUUUACCUGGCGAGGACGACAUCGAACUGACAAGUCGGCGUGUAAUUUCGGCAUGA